CGAUCGCGAUCUUAUUCGAUACUUUUUACAACCUGCCGCAUCAGUCGCACACACUUUCGGCACGUGUUCGCUGUAGUACGACUCACGAGAAGAUUGCAGUUAGGUUAGAAAGUAAAAACGGUUUGAUAAUCAUUUACUGGUUUUAAUUUGUGUACAUAAAUCCGGACUAUUUAGAGUUCAUGGUGAUGAAUUAAGCUGUGCCACAGGACGACCGUGAACUUCCUGUGUAAUUUGGUAAAUGGUAAAAAACUUUCUCUAUGCAAUCUGGAGCAUUUCACUGCGAUGCACUUGUGGGUUUGUGCUGCCUACUACACAGUCUGCGACUCUACGCUGAAUUUUUUACGCUGCUGCCAGUUGCUUUCCUGCAUCCGCUGAAUCUGAUAUAUCAUCCAUUCACACUCCAUCCAUGGAUAACCGUGAUGCGGACCAUGAUACAUUAGCAUACACGCUAGUUCAUCUUGUGGCAGGAGGCGCUGGAGGAACUGCUGGAGCUAUCGUUACCUGUCCGCUGGAGGUCGUCAAAACCCGUUUGCAGUCGUCUGUGGCCACUUUCCAAUUCCAGAAGCAAGCAACACACUCGUAUGUUCCUCAUCCAGUAGCACAGACGUGUUUUUCCUCCUUUAGUCACUCAACGGCCGAUGUUUCUGUUGCGCAUCAUCCUUCCAGAACCCUGCGGAGUUUCUUCGCCAAUAUGACGAUCUAUCGGUGUUUACGGUACAUUCUGGAAACGGAAGGCGUGCGCGGACUCUUCAAGGGGCUGGGCCCCACGGUGGUAGGGGUCGCCCCCUCACGUGCUAUUUACUUCUCAGCAUACUCAGCCUCCAAAUCCUUCUACAACGACUAUCUGCCGCCCAACAGUCCGCUGGUGCAUAUUUGUUCAGCUGGAUCUGCAGGUAUCGCAGCGUGUACGGUUACCAAUCCUGUAUGGUUUGUCAAGACGCGCUUGCAGCUCGAUCAGCGUAAGGACGGAGGAUUAACCGCUUUACGAUGUGUUAAGCAGAUCUACUCACAGACUGGCAUACUGGGAUUUUACAAAGGAAUAUCUGCGUCGUAUGUCGGUGUGUCGGAGACCAUUAUUCAUUUUGUGAUAUAUGAAUCCAUCAAAGAGCGGAUUUUGGCCAGAAAUCUUCGCGUUGCUUAUCAGGAGCGUACCACCGAUGAUUUCCUCAGGUUUAUGGGGGCAGCUGCCACUAGCAAGACAAUCGCUACCACCCUUGCUUAUCCACAUGAAGUGGCAAGAACGCGACUAAGACAAGAAGGGACGAAGUACAGAAAAUUUUGGCAGACGUUAUCAACAGUUGUGAAGGAAGAAGGUUAUCGCGGCCUUUAUCGGGGACUCACCACACAUCUAAUACGGCAGAUACCAAACACAGCCGUUACGAUGGUUGUAUAUGAAACGGUAGUGUAUCUGCUAUCCCGUUCGAAGAUUGAUCCAGCGCAGGAAGACUAAUGUACUAUAGUUUAAGAAUGUUCUCAUGUGGCAAAGAGGAUCUUCUCCGGGAAACACGAGCGAAUCUGUGAUUCGGUCCCAAUGCAACAGACCACGGUAUCUUUCGAUCGUGGCUGCCAACAGUCAAUCCUGGCACAACUGCAUUUUAUUAGAACUUCCGGUUUUAACUGUUCAUUUAUGUGUGAUACAAAUUUUAAUUGGACAUUUUUAGGCUGGGCAGUGACGGCAGAUGUGUGCUGUACAUGCGCUCGAUGAGUGUACAUAGAUUAGUUUGAUCGGGUUUGUUAUUUCUUCCUCGCUGAAUACAUGGUUGUUAUUCCUUGUGUGCGUUUAACCUCAACCCGCUGUGUCAAAACACACCCACUUUGAGGAUUUUGUGCCUUUAUAUCUUUUAUCAUUAUAUGUUUGCUCAAAUGGUAUUUUUGAAUUGGACAUGAAAAUGGAAUCUGAAUAAAA